AUGGGCCAGUUAUCGGCAAUACUGGACGACCGCGGACCUGUGUUAGCGUCUGUGGCUGUCAUAUUAGCUGCCGUAUUCAUCGCCACCCAGCUGUUCGGAGACGACGCCGCGUCGAAACUGCCGCUAGUAGGAGGAGAGUAUGGAAACGCUGAGAAGCGAAGGAAAGCAUUCAUCACAAACGGGUUGGAUUUCUACCAGAAAGGAUACGAGCUAUUCAAGUCGAAGGCGUUCAGAUUGACCACGCUAGAUGGCGAGCGCAUCGUCUUGCCGCGUAGGCUCAUGGAAGAAGUCCGAGAGCUUCCAGACGACGUCAUUAACAUCGAAAAAGCCUUCGACAUUAUGAAUGAGGCCAAGCAUCUCGAGAUGGGAAAUCACAAACAAACUGCUUUCCUGGUCCACAUUGUCCGAGGCGACCUGACCCGAAGCCUAGUCCGUAUCAACCCUCGCCUCUCGGAGGAGACGGCGCGCACGAUCAUCGAGGAGCUGCCGCCGUGCGGGGACUGGACGCCGGUCGUCGUGUACCAGUCGGUGCUGCGCAUGGUGGCGACGAUCUCGGGCGCCAUCUUCAUCGGGUCAGAGUUGUGCCGGUCCCCGGAAUACCUGCAGGCGAGCAUCGGGUACACCCUCGACUUCGUCAACGCCGUCAACAAGCUGAAGCAGUGGAACCGCCACUGGCGGUGGAUCGGCCGCUACUUCACCCCCGAGGUCGACAAGCUAAUCGGCGAGCGCAAGAAGGCCCACGCCUUUCUGCGGCCUGUCAUCGCCCAGCGUCGCAAGGCCAUGGCAGCCGGUGAGGAGGUGCCUGAUGAUACCCUCAGGUGGAUGCUUAAUAAGGUUGACGAGUUCGGCCUCACCGACGACGACCUCGCCGAAACCCAGCUGAACCUGAGCAUGGCUGCCAUCCACACGACGACGCUAACGGUUACCAUGAUCCUAUACGACCUCGUAGUCCGGCCCGACGUGGUCGCCGAGCUGCGGGACGAGAUCCGGCGGGUCCUCGCGGCUAACGACGGCGUCAUGACGAGCCACGCCCUCUUCGAGAUGAAGCUCCUAGACAGCGUGAUGAAGGAGUCGCAGCGCGUCAACCCGGGCAGCCUUAUCCGGUUCCAGCGCUACGUCGCGAAGCCCGUCACGCUCAGCGACGGCACCUACUUGCCGGCCGGCCGGUUGAUCGAGACGCCGCACGCGCUGGCUGUCAACGACCCUGCCGUGUACAAGAACCCCGAGACGUUCGACGCGCACCGCUUCCUCGACCUGCGCAACGGCACGGCCGAAGACCUGCUCGGGUAUAAGAACCGGGAGCAGCACCAGUUCGUCACGGUGACCAAGGACUUCAUGCACUUCGGCUACGGGCGGCACGCCUGCCCGGGGCGCUUCUUCGCCGCCAACGAGAUCAAGCUCAUCCUCGCGCGCAUCCUGCUCGACUACAACCUACGCAUGCCCGACGGCCUCACCGAGCGCUACGCCAACCUCAAGAUGGGCACCAACGCCUUCCCCGAUCCCACCAAGGAGGUCCUGUUCAAGCGGGUCAAGGUGUAG